UUGUGUUCAGUUGUGUUGGUCGUUGUUGAGGGUGAUGUUUGGCGUUGUUCGUUGAUUAUAUUUAUAUUUAUUUUUUUCCACUACUGAUGUGAUUAUAUCUUCCAGUUUUUUUUAAUACUAAAAAAUCAGUAAGUGAUUAAAAAAAAAAAUAUACAAAAUACAUUAGUGCAAAUUGGAUUUGUGAUUAUUCUUCACAAUUAAUUGAUAAUAAAGAGAGAGAAAAAAAAAACUUUCAAGUAUUUUGUGGGAUGAUAAAUGGUUGCAACAGGCAACAUGGUGUAUGAAGAAAUAGUUGCUGUACGGGGCAGCUGACCCCAGCCACCAAAAACGCUAUUAAUGCGAGAAAUGCCACACAAUUUAAAUUCAACCUCGGCAAAUACAGCAAAUGCCGGGGUUAAUAAUCAGGCCUAUCCACCAGCUCAAUCAUAUCAUAAUAAUAAUAAUCAUUAUCAUUAUAUUGGUGAUGGUAUUAAUCCAGAAAAAGAACCAGUUGAAUUUGAUACAAGUCAUUUACGUGGUGCACCAGCUGAAGUUGAAACACUUGUACACAAUAUUAAAGAUGUUGCACAACAAUUUUUGUAUCAUUGGAAAACAUUUCCAAUAAUAUUACCACCAUCAAUAUCAAUAUGUUCUGAUAAUGAUGAUACACUUGUACGUAAAAAAUAUCAUUUACGUGAUCUUUUUGUUGCACCAAGUUUUGAUGAACUUGAUGCUGUUGCUGUUGACAAUAAAGGUGAACCAAGAAGACUAACUAAUAAACAACUUGAAAGCAUCAGAGAAAGAGGCUUGCACAAGGAUAAGUAUGGAAAACCGAAGAAGCUGAAUGCCACUCAAUUGGAGAGCAUUCGGAUGUGUGGGGAAUUUGAGGUGGAUUCAAUAAAUUUUGCUGGUCAAGUACAUCGAUGGAGAUUGAGUUGGUUGCUGCAGAGAGGGAGAGACAGAAGAAGAGAAACACUUUUAACUGAUCUUGCAUUGGCAACAAGAUUUAUUGUUGUAACAGCAAAGUCAAGAAUUGUAUCACAUUGUUUUAGUGUAUCACAAUCAUGUAAAUCAUUGUUAACUGGUCUAUUGAGAUUACUUGAUAUACUUGUUGGUGUACCAUCAUUACAAGCACAAAAUUUAGAAGGUAAAAUACGUGAAGAAAGAUGCAGAUAUCUUGUUGCUGAACUUGUUUGUCGACCAGAGUAUGAUGAUUCAUUGGAAUUACUUUGUGGUUUUGUUAGAAAACAAUUACGUCGUGCAGCUAUGGAAAAAUUUGAAGUUGAACGUGAAUCAUCACAAUUAUUACCAGUACCAGUACCAUUUGUAUUUAGUACACCAAAUGGUACACCAGUUGAUUUACGUUUAUUUAAUCGUGAUAUUAUUAAAAAAGCAUUACCAAUAUUAAUGACAAUACUUGAGCGUGAAACACGUGGUUGGUUUUUACAUUUUCGUGAAAGAUUAAUAUCUGAAUUACGUUCAAAAAAAAUGCCAGAUGAAGAAAUUGAACAACAAGUUAAUGAAGCUGUUAUGCAUGAAUAUUUACAACGUGUUUAUUCAAGUAUAUUAACAAAUAAUGAUAUAAAAUUACUUGGUGAUGGUAUUGGACAGCUAUUAGUACAACAAGCACAAACAGUUGUAUUAAUGCAUCGUGCUGUUGAAACAAUACAACGUAAAUUACAUGAAACAAAAUUAACAUUAAAAAAAAAAAUGAUAACAGAACAUCCAAUAUUAUCAAGAAUUGUACCAUGGAUGCGUAAUAAAUUAUGUGAAAUUGAAGCAAAUUUUACUGAUGAAUGUGAAUGGAGUGCACAUGAAGAAGCAUUAUUAUUAUGUAAACAACAAAAUUUACAACAAACAAUAUAUUUUUUAAAUCGUGAUUUAAAAUUUAUGCGUGAACGUGAACCAGUAUUAUUAAAAGAAUUAAGAAAAGUUAAAACACCAACACGUAAUUAUCAAUGGCCAAUACAAAUAUGGUUACCACGUAAUUGGAUUGUACGUCGUAGUUUUCAAGGACAAUCAGAAAUAAUACCAACAAUUUUAAGUAAUACACCAACAACAAUAACAACACCACGUGCUGAUCCAAGUCAACCAGUAUAUCUUGUUGAACGUGAAAUUUUACAUACAACAACAACAAGAUGGCCAAUGUGGCGUUGGAUAAAUUAUAUAUCACGUACAUGGUGUUGGACAUGGAAUGCAAUGUUUUUAUUUGGUGUUGCUGUACCAUGGUGUAGUAGAGUAUCAUUACGUGCUUUAUUACUUGUUGAACCAUUUACACCUGAUUUAGAAUUAAGCCAAUUAAAUGGUACAUUAUUUCCACGUAAAUCAUCACAAACACCAACAUUAUCAUCACGUUUAAUAACAUUAUGGCGACAUAUUAGUAAAAGUCGUACACAUUUUGAGACUGAACCAGAUACUGGUUUUAUUGGUAAAGGUAUGACACGUCAUAUUAAUCGUUUAUGGAAUUAUGGUGUUAAAGGUUUACUUGGUACAAUUUGUAUUUUAUUUUUAUUUCCAAUAAUAUGUAUAUUAACAAGUAUAACAUCAUUAAUUAUUGCUAUAAGUGCAUUUAUUUGGAUGCCAAUUGUAACAUUAAUAUUUUAUUGUUUUAUGGGAUUAUUUAUUGAUUUUGAUAGUCCAGAAAAAGGAAGAAAUCGUUAUUUUAUUAUUGCUGAAGCAUUGAUAUGGAAUAUAUUUAUACAAGGUUUAAUACAACCAAUUUUAUCAUUAAUUGUUGCAAUAAUAAUUUGUCCAUUAAUAUCAUUUGUAAUAUUAACAUUUGCUGUUGUACGUUAUUGGAUAAGAGUCAUAUGGGAUACAGCUAUGUUUCAUUUUGUUAUUAAAAAACGUGGUAGAAUACCAGCAUGUGAUAGUUUUGUUGUUAAAAGAAUAUCUGGUCCUGGUUUAGCAUCUGAUUAUUAUUAUAAAAUACGUCCAGAACAAGCACUUGCUGCAUUUGAAGCUAAAAUUGAACUUGAUGAAUUACUUGCAUUUCAAGCUGAAACAGAAAGAUUAAUAACACAACCACAACGUGAUUUUACACAAUUUAUUGAAGCAUGUUUUAGUCCAUUUGCAACAAGUUUAUCUAAAACACGUGAACCAUAUAAAAUAUUAGAAAAAGAAGCACGUGAUUUAGUAUCUGUAUUACAUGAAAAAUUAGAUAAACGUAGAAAAGAUUUACAAAUUGGUCUUGGUAUAUCAAUUAAAAGUAAAAUUAAAUUAACAACAUAUGAUUUAAAAAUUGUUAUACAACAAGCAUCAAUAAUGCUUGAACGUUUAUAUCCAACCCAUAUAUUUUCACGUUUAAAUACAUCUGAAGAUGAUUUUUGGGAUAAUAAAGGUUUAGGUAUUGGUGAUUGGGCAGGAUUGGCUGGUCUAAUGUUUGCUGAUAUAUUUAGUUUAGAUUUUCUUCAGCCACUUGAUGAUACAGAUACAACAUUUAAACUAGAACCACAUAAUGCUAUUGAUUUAAAAAAAUAUACUGAUAUGUUAAAUAAUACUGAAUUAAUGACUGGUAUUAAUGGACCAGAUUUACUUGGUGCAAUUUAUACACCAAGAGGUAACAUACAAAUACACAGUCCAUAUUUAGAAAUAUCAGCAUUUAAUCCACGUUUUAGAUCAUCAUCAUAUAAUAAUAAUUACAAUAAUAAUAGUCAUAGUAAUAAUAGUGGUAGAAAAACAACAGAUAAACAUCGUUCAAUUAAUCAUUUUAGUUUAUUAUUAAAUAAAGAAAAAACAAAUAGAGAUCAUCAUCAUCAUCAUCAUAAUAAAAAACGAACAAUUGGUGGUAAUAGUAGUUGUGAUAAUAAUAAUAAUAAUGAUAAUGGAAUUUUUGAUAAUACAAAUGAUACACGUUGGCAACCAUGGAAACGUAAAAUGCGUGCUUACAGUGCUGAAAAAUUAUUAAUACCAUUACCAAUACCACAUCCAGCUCAUAUUGCAAUAAAUAUACAUAAUCGUGAUUCAGAAGAUCCAAUAUCACUUGAUUCUGAUAUAUGUCAAAAUAUAUUAAAAGCUAUUGAGGAAUCACCUGGUGAAAUGGCUACAGGAAGUAUUAGUAGAUAUCGUGGUGGUGAUUCAAGUUUAGAUUCAGUUGUUUCACAAUCAUCAGUAUCAAUUCAAACUGGCCUAGAUAAAGAAGACAACGAUACUGAAGAUACAAUUAAUCAUCAUGAUGAAGAUGAUGAUGAUGAUAAUGAUGAGGAUGAUGAUGAUGAUAAUCAUAAAAGAGUAGGAGGAGGUGAAACUUAUCAUUGGACAUUAUCAAAUUGGGCUGGUGGUAUGGCUAGACGAAGAAAUAAUUCUGGUUCAAUUAAAGUUGAUCUUGCAUCACCUGAAGAUGUCACACUUGAAACUGAUACAACAAGAGUCAUGUUCACUUCAUAUGGCACGACUGUUUAAAUAAAUUAUUAUAACUUUUUUUUUUUUAUCUAUUUUUUUAAGAAAAUUAAUUAUUUUUUUGAUUUUUUUUUUUUGGAAUUUAUUGCAUUUUUUAUUAUUUAUUUAUUAUCACAGACAUUCCUGCUUGUGUGUGUGUGUGUGUGUGUACGUGUGUAAUUUGAAAAUUUGAAAGAAGAAAAAAUAAAAUACAAAAUAUAUAUUUUAAAAACGCACACAAAAAUUGGAAAAUGAUAAACGAUAAUUUUUGGAUUGUAAUUUUAUUUUCUUUUGGUUGUUUUUUUUUAUAUUAAUUUUAUUAUUAUUAUUAUAUAAAUAUAUAUAUGACUUGUGUAAAUACUACAACGAUAUAAUUUUUUUGUUUUUUUUUUUAUUAAAAUGAUUCUUUGAAAAUAAUCAUCAACGAAAUGAAUUUUUUAUGUAUGCCGAACUAAGAAAAAAAACGAUGCUCUCUUAAAUUUUCUCUCUUUUUAUAAAAUCAAUAUAUGAAAUUGAUUUUAUUUAUAAAAUAAUAAUUAAUAAUAAUAGUUUUUUUGAUGCAAGCUAUUGUUAAAGUAAUUUUCAAUAUUAUUUAAUUUGUCAUUUGUAUUUUAAACAAAUGUAAAAUCUAAAAAUUUCGAUAGUAAACUUUUUUUUUUUUUUUCUAAAGUUUGUUUAUUGAUAAAUAUCGAUAAUUAUUAUUGUUACUCGUAGACACUUUAUCUGUGAAAUUUAGAUAGAGAAAAACAAAAAGUAUUUAACUAUAACAGAUUUUAGAUUUUAGAAAAAAAAAAAAGAA